UAAAGUACAAAAAUAAAUAAACCAAUAUACUCAAAUAUUAAAGGAUAUAUUUCAAUGUAUCUCGCCCUUAUAAAAAAUCACACCCCGAUAUACUCCUUAUUUUGACUUCCCCAGAGGCUGCCGCACCACGCCCUUCAGGUCGAGCAAAGGUCAAGGAUCAAGCUUCCUUCCUCGUGCAUUCUUUCCGCCCAAAAUAGCCUGUCAAUGCGGAAUUUUUUAUCUUAAAAAAACGACCGACAAUUUCUUUAUUUCUCUGUAGCGUAGAUCAACGACCAUGCACCAAACUGUCGUACGGAGACCAGGGUGACUAUCGUAGUGGACUAACUAUUCAUGGACUGUACUAUUGAAUCUAUGGUGUAUCAUUGUUCCAUUGGAUUAAAGAUUAUGAUUCCUAGGCGUGUCAUUCAGUGAGCUAGCUUUAUUUUCUAUUUUCACACCACGCAUUCUCUCACACUCUCCGUCUCACUAUCUGCCAGACGGAAAAUACAAAACAACAUUGAAAAAAAAACAUUUCCCCUGCAUGAUUCAAAACGAACAUAAAUACUAAUAAACUAAAACCAAAACCCUAUUGAGCCAUACACAAGAAUACAAAAUGGAGCAAAUGAGAGAAGAGAAAUAAAAUAAAAAGCAAGGAGAGCGGGGGAAAAGGAGGGGCCCAAUUCCCGCCGGCAGCAACCCAACCCCAGUGUUAUGUUGGAAGUCAAAAGGUGAGGUAGUGCGCAAAGCCACUCCGAUGCGAAUCCAUUUGACCUGUGUCCGUGACCUCGCGUGGUGUCUGUGGCGAUCCAUAGGUGCGUGCUAGUGACCUUGAGGUGCGGAGAGGCGCGAAGGGCGUGGUGGAUACGGAAUUAAGGAAAUACAGCCGACAAAACACCAGACACGUGUGAGGCAGUGAUGACGGAAGCUGUUGGGACGAGUGGCGGGCUGCUCAGUGAGUGUGGCUUGCCAAGUUCACAGAUGAUGAAGUUGUUAAGUGCUGACUUCACCACCACUGAUGAUGUCAAGGACAUGAAACCUUCAGAGCUCAGCCAAGCCACAGGGUUAAGCUUAAAGGAGUGUGUGGAGGUGUUGAGGACAGCUUCUAACAGCCACCACCCCAGCCCUGUUGAUAUGCUGCAGAUCUAUCAGGAAGGGAGUGAGUUGCCUCAAAUAGUGACCUUCUGCAAGGCACUGGAUACACUUCUGGGCGGAGGCAUUCCACUGCAGGCAAUUACUGAGGUGUCUGGAAUGCCUGGUGUGGGAAAAACACAAGUAUGUUUGCAGGCAUGUGUGUCUGUCCAACUGCCCAAAAGUGUUGGUGGUGUUGGUGGAGAGGCAGUCUAUGUGGACACGGAAGGAAGCUUCACUGUUAAAAGACUCAAAGAUAUGGCCUCCUGUGCAGUCCAUCAUGUUGGCACAAUAGGUGGAGUAGCUGAAGAUGUUUCUGGCUUCACCAUAGAGUCUAUUAUGAAAGGAGUACAUUACUUCAGAUGUCAGAAUUGUGUUGAGGUGCUGGCAGUUGUCAAGAACAUACCCAAGCUUAUGCUGGUUCAUCCUAACAUUCGGCUUCUUGUGUUAGACUCUGUGUCGUUUCACUUCCGUCAUGACUUCCCAGACGCGAGGGAUCGGGCAAAACUGCUGCGCACUGUCACCAAAGAACUUAUCCAGCCAGCUGUGACACACAAGAUGGCUGUUCUGGUGACCAAUCACAUGACAACUAAUGUGAAAGAGAAAGGGUCAGCCACAUUAGUACCUGCUCUUGGGGAAACUUGGGGCCACUGCCCAACACUGCGCCUCAACCUGAGCUGGUGUGGGCCCACUCGGGUGGCUGCCCUCACCAAGGCUCCUCACUGCCAGAACUCCUCAGCCUACUUUCAGGUGUCGAUUGGUGGGUUGAGGGACGUUAGUGACAACACGCAGCCCAGCACUGCAGGGAACUUGCAGCAUGAACCACUGAAUAAAAAAAGGAAAAUUGUGGAAUCAAAUGAUAGAUAAUAUCACACUGGAGGAAUAUUUUGUAGUACUUCCUCUGUGUGAACCAAUAAUGGUUUUAAGGAGUACAAAUAUAUAUAUAUUUUUUUCUUAGGACAAGUUUUUGUUUUGUGGUUUAAUUUUAUUGUUUUAUUUUAGAAUAUCAGAAAAGUCUUGUGGGAAUUGUUGUAUCUCACAAUGCUUAUUGGUGAGAAGUAGAUACAAUUUCUGAUUAUUUUUCACCAGUGGAUCUAAAUAUAUUCAAUUUUAUCCAUCCGUAUAUCAGAUUGAUAUCACUGCAAAGGGCUGUAACUAGGGUUAGUGCGUGUGCACACACACACACACACACACACAGAAGUGAAGGGCUAAGAAUUGAGUAGUAAUUCAUAUUAUUUCCAGUCAGCUCACAUAAUUACAAGAUAUCAUUUACUCUUCCACAAUUAGUUGACACUCUUGUGAAUUUUAUAUAUAUGCAUACAUAUACCAAGACUGUCUCACACAAAAAGGGAGAUACCCAAGACAAGGUGCACAACUUUCGUACACUCAUUCACAUCACUCUCUUAGUCCUUUGGCCUCCGACAGGGAAGAGAAGCACUCCUGCCCUCAUUUUAUGGGAUAAGUCACAUAGCUUGGAUAGUUUGGUCUGGAAUAAGGCUCCUUCAUAACAAGUAUUCUCCUCAACCAUAUCAGAUUGCCAUACACCUGUGUGAGACCAUUGAUGUAUGGUGCCUCCCUUUGAGGUCUCAGGGCCAUGCAGAGUUGGAAAAACCCAGGUAAAAAAAAAAAACUUUGGUUUUCGUUUUUUGGGGAAAUUUUGUUGUUUUUGGUUUUUAUUUAUUUUUUUCUAAUAUUUAUAUGUAAAUCAGUUUAAAUAAGCAAAUAAAAAGUAAUCUAGAGUGACACAAAAGGUUUGAAGUGUUGUCUGAAGGACAGACACUUGUUUAGUCAUAUUGAUAGAGGUUGAUCCAGUUGGACAAAGGCUGUGCUAACUUGUACUGUACAGGAAAUGAAUGGGUCAGGAUCAGUCUUGAUUACUUAUACAUUUUUUAUCUAUAUGUACAGAUGACUCCCUACUUGGUGAAGCAACCUUUAUUUUUAGGUAAAGCCACAUGUCAACUCAAGGGAUUUUAUUAGGUAAAUACCAUAGGCCGAAAGUUGUGACAUGUCAUUUAAGUCACACAUCCUUUCUCAACCCCACUUCAUGUCUAUCUCCCCAUUCCCUCCCCCUCAUUAUUUCUACAUUUCUCAUACCUCCUUCCCAUCUCCCCACCCACUCUCUCUCUCUCUCUCUCUCUCUCUCUCUCUCUCUC